UCAACAACCGGCCUAUUGUAGUGCAAUUUCAAUCAACAAUAUCAAGACUAUAGAACCAACUUGAAAUCAAUCUGUGGCUAUUAAUGAACAAAAACUUCUACAAUGGAUUGAGAUACCAAAAAGUGAUAACACUGGGUGUUUCCAAGGACGCUCACGUACUGCAAUUACGUACUUCCGUCUCUGGCAUGUUUCGUACUUAGUUCCUCUAAAGCUGACUGCCAUCUCUGAAGUCAGUGGUGCAAAGAGAUAAAGACGGAUUUUCCAAUAGUAAUUUACAGUAACUGUAAUUGGAAGUUAUGAUUUCAAUUUUUCUCGAUGGAGAAUAGCGAUUUUAUUAAAGUACUAAGUGAAUGCUAUAUGAUUGUUACAAGUUGAAGUAUAUUUUCUGUUAAAUAUUUUAUUACACAUAUUCUAUCGUUUUAAUUUUAUACUUCAUGCGUCGUGAUAUGUCAAAUAAUUUUCAGUAUUUGGAGAUAUUUAAGUCAAUAGAAAAUGUGUUGAAAAUAAUUCACUGAUGCUAGCUACAUAAAAAUGUCAGGUGCUUCGGAAAAGAGAACAUCUGCAGCUGCAAGGAGAAACACAGAAGGUAAACUCAAAUUAGUGAGGUCUAAAUCGAAACUUCCAAGUGACGAUUCAAAAGGAAGAGAAUUUGAAAAGGGAACGUUUGUUGGACGAAAAAAAGAACCUUUGAAAUAUGAUAAAAAUCUACAUAAAGAUCAAGAACAAAUAAAAGUAACUAAUAUGGCAGGGGAUGAUAAGUCUUUUAACGAUUCCUCGACUACUGUAAACAUUAAUUCUGUCUUGAAAUAUGACAAAUCCGAACCAAAUCAAAAUGGAGGAGUACCAAAAGUGUCAGAUGUUUCUUCUAAAAAUAACCAUGUCAAAGAAGAAAAAAAUGAAAUAAAAAGGGCUACCAAAAAGGAUUCCGAAAAGAGAAUUCUGAUUCCAAAAGAAAUUACAAAACUUUCAAUUGACAACCAAUCUGAAGCAUCGGCCGACGGUGCUAUUCAGUCGACAUCCGUGUCAGUACCGAUCGAAAAACCGCGAUAUAUUAUAGCUCAUAAUGACUCCUGGAUAAUGUCAGUGAUCCCAUACCUUCCAUUAGGACUUGCUGUUGUUUAUUUGAUUCUAAAUAUUGUUAUACCGGGAUCAGGAACAAUUCUUAGUGGAUUUUCAAUUCUGUGUUGUGGAAAAUGUCGAGUUCAAACUAAAGAUGACCAGAGACUUGUAACAUUGUGUGUCAAUGUGUGUGUUGGUGUAUCACAAUUGUUUACUGUAACAUUCUUGUUAGUUGGUUGGUUUUGGAGUAUUGCUUGGGGGGUCAACAUGGUUUUACUAGCUGUCGAACUAAGCAGACAGAAGAAACAACAAAGAGAACGUGAAUUACAAGCUAAUGUGCUAAAUGCAUUUGGAAAUUCAAUGCCAGUAAAAUCGCUCUUUCCUGGAAUGAAAUGAAAAAUUGAUUUUAAAAUCAACUUCAUAUAAACUUCAAAUAUGUUUGUCUUGCGUACUGAUGCAUUAGAAAAGUAUGGAUUUGUUAUAGUUCUUAUGAAACCAGAUACUUCAUUAAAUGUUGAACAUGCAAAACAUGACGUAACUGUUGGCAGGUUAUUCAAAAUGUUUUUAAUUCCAAAUGUGUUUAAUUCCUUAUUAUGUAUCGUUAUUGGUAACAUUAAGAUUUUGAAUCUGUAUAUAUAUAUAUAAAACGUCUGAAUAAUAGUCAACGAUUUUUCCCACGAGGGCGCUGGAUCGUUACGAGUAACGAUACAUGUACACAAUAAAUAAAUUAUAUAAACGCCUAAAAAGUGUACACAACAACACCAACAACAAAAAAAGGAACUAUAAAUGUAAUUAUUUAUAAAUAUUUCGGAUAACAGAUAUCCUUCAUCAGUAAAUAUGAUUGUGAUGUUGAAUGAAUCAUAUAUCAGUCUACCUAGAUUAAACUAUAACAAUCUUGAAAUUUAUACAAUAAAAAAGUCAAACCGAACAUCAGGUAAG